GGCUUGCGAGCCGGGCCACUCUAUACCCGCGUUUGUGCAUAUUUCAUGGUGUCCCGAUACUGUGGCCAAUCCCGCUGAGUAAAGCGGGAAUCCUUGCUGAGUCCUAAAGGUCGUCCCGAUCGACAGACCGGCCCACCCCCGAGCUUCCAUUUACUAAUAUACAAGAUACAUCGGUGAAGGCCCGACCCCAGACGGCACAGAAAGCACACCUUGUUAUUUAGUUUCCCUAAUCAGCAACCAUGCCCGCUGUCAAUCUCCCUCUGCAGGAUACCCAUGGUAACACUACCUUAUAUGCAAUGCCGGGAACCCAGCUGCGGCUCUUAUCUGGAGUCGCGCUUACAUUCCUGGCACUCAUCUUCCUCGGUGUAGCACUACGCAUACACAAGAGAAGAUAUAAGACUUCCCUCCCGACCUACACUGGUAAGCCAGAUGCUGGUCCGACUACCCUCAAGCCUCUUUGGAUCUCAGAGAAGUCACGUGGAAACGCCUUUUACAACGAUAUCAUGUCAGUUAACCAGCCAUCGGGAAUCUCUCAGUUGAGGGCGGCCGAAAAUUUACAUGACGGGGAAGACAAACGUGAACGGGAUGGAUCUAAGGAGAGAGCUAAGGGAGAGACCCCUGAGGAAGAGCGGACAGCCUCCAUGAGCUUAGACGCAGGCAUGCCACUGACUCUCAAAUCUGGCCCACCACCUCCACUGCCACUAACACCACCUGUUCUUUCGACAGGAGUUUAUACUUUUCAGGAUCGCCGGUUAAGCGUUGCAGCGUCGAGCAUGGGUGAUCUGGACACGAGCUUCUUUCACCAGCCGAAUCCGGACUACACACUCUCGCCUUCGCCAGGAUCGAUGUCUACUGCGUUGCCGCAUGACCAGGACUCGCCUUCCAUCCCAAGAAGAAGAUCUUAUACGAAGGUAUUGCCUUUGGGCUCCGCUCAUUCAGAUUCCGAACAUGGUGAAGCAUCCUUUCCACCAAGUUCGUUCCCGUCGUCAAGUCCGAUCUUGCCUCUUGCGCCGCACGAGUCACUCGAUUCUAACCAUAGGGAGAUCGACGUAAAGGGCGAGAUCAUCUCGGUGAUGGACGAUUCAGGUGCUGGUUGGAAGCGGCAUACCCGUGUCUACGGCGGCGGCGUCUGCUUAGCCUGCCUAGCAUCUGGUAGCCAAGGAGGCUUUUACGGCGAUAACGUCCCCCCUGAACAUCGUCGAUAACUACCUACCUAAUCAGAACUGUGUUUUUUUUUCCGCUCGAAACACUGGGUCAGCUUCGAGAUUCCGAAAGGGAGAAGCGGUAUAGGCUUCGAAAUAUUCC